AUGGCUGGUGUGGAGCGCAAGCGUCUGGACAGACAGCCCAUGUGCCCUGCAGGGAUGGCUCGAGGGGGCUGUGAGUCCCCACACCUGCACUUCCCACCCCUCCCACCUGGGCCAGCACCCCCAGGCUCCCCAACACCAGAUGAUGACGGCCUGGACAGAAACCCGCCCUGUGGGCUGUCCAUGUCCGAGUUCCCCUGGCGUUCCUGCGGAGCCCUCGUGUCCCCUUCCUGCUGGCCACCUCCACCCUGGCUCCACCCUCUGCCACCCCCUUCCUCGCCAGUGCCCGCCCCCGGCCCUGGUCAGGUGCGAGGGGAGUCAGUGUGGGCCGGUCACCGCCAGACACGGGAGCCCCCUGCAGCCGCGGCCCAGGCAGGCCGCACAGGGGCGGCCCGCUGCCCCGGGGCUCGCAGGUGGGGGCCUUUCAGCCGGCCCGCCCGCCUGUGCGCCUGGCGAGAGGCGCGAGGCCAAGGCGGGUUCGCGCACCGGCGCCGGGUGGAGGGGCACUGCGAGGACGCGGCACCCACGGCCCGCAGCACAGCAGCCCUCUGCGCCGGGACCCUCCCCAACGCCCCUGCCCCAGCGCGCAGCUAUCCGCGCAAUCCGAGCGUGGGCACGGUGACACCGUCGGCUGUGGUCGCCUGCGCGCGGGACCGCUCGCGGCCUCGGCGCGGCGCGGGCCUGUGGGCACGCUCCCAUCAACCCCCGCGCCAGGCGGCCGCGCUGGCAGCAUCUGAGAGCGCAUGUGCGGCCACCGCCCCCUACCCCCGCACAUGGCGCAGGCGCGGCCCGGCUGGACCGCCCACUCGUGGGCGUGCCCCGAACUUGCGCGGUGGCGGGCUGGGCUGCCGCGCGCACGCUGGGGGCGUGGCCGGGCGACGCUGUCUGGCGCCGAGCGCCGCUGUGCUCCGAGGAGGCGUCGCCUACCUGGGCCCGACGGUCAGUGUGGCCGCGGAGUUCCGCGCGCGCAGGCCCGGGGCUGCGCCCUCCGUUCCUUACCGACCUCCCCGGCCCGUGGAGAGGUGGCGCUUGGACACUGCCCUCCGAGGGAGGCCCGUCCAUCUGGUCUCUGCUGCGGAUCCUCGGACCCUCUCCGCGGGCGCCUCGCGUCGCCACAGCAUGCCCUGUGGGCAGCACCAUUGGCAGGGCUCUUGCAGUCCCACCCAGGCAGUGGCCAGAUGUGCCAGUGCACAUCCUUGGCAGCAGAUGGACUGGGCCUCCUCUGAGGCGGGCAUCCCCCUUGUGGACCCUUGGAUAGCUGGGGACCCUGUAUGGGUGCACACAACUGUGGAGCAGAAGAGCACAGCUAGUGGCACUCCCAGUGGUAAGCAAACAGAAAGGCGUACCUCAGCUGGGCACAUGCCCAGCCCUCAGCCCCUCGGGGUGGACUUCCACUGAGUGCUAGGCUCGGACCCAGGCACCUUGGACGGCAACUUUUUGGCUCAGCUGGAUGGUUACAUGUCUUUCUGCUUGGAGCACUACCAGGACAACCUCAGCUGCAUCUGUGACCUCCGAUGCCUGAGAGGUCGCGCCCGGGCGUGUAGCCCCUACCUCAAUAGGGACCUGCCCCUGCCUGACGAUUACGAGCUCUUCUGUCAGGAUCUUGAGGAAGUUAUUCAGGACCCGAACAGUUUCACUGAGCACCACGCUGCAGUGCCCUGCCCACUGUCCCUGGCCUCAAGCCAGCUGCCGGUGGCCUCGCAGCUGCCCAUGGUGAGGCAGUACCUGGCUCUGUUCUCGGAGGCCCUGGCAGUCAACAUGGGCAGCCCCCCUAGGCCUGCUCCAGCCACCCCUGCAGUUUCUAGAUCCAGCUCUACAUCCAGAAAUGCUUCAGCCGGGCAGCAGCUCACCAAGGAGCGCACCCCUGGGCCUGAGGCCCCUGCCCUGCCCAGUUGCACAUGCGGCUCAGAUCCUGGGCCUGUGGAUCCAGCUUUCUCUUGGCCAAAGGAGGCAGCUCCCAAACCUGUUCUACCCUUUCAGGCUCUGCUAAGCCCUGCUCAGAGACCAGACCCAGCUUGCCCAGGGGGUCCAAAGCCACAGAAAACAGAGGAUGUUUCUGAGAGGGAGGUGUCCAUAGGUACCCCGUGGGAGAUGGUGGAUGCCCCAGCAGCCCCAGGAGAGCCACCAUUGUCUCCUGUUUCCCACCUGGUAUCCGUGGGUUCUGAACAAGGCCCAGGCAGUGCCCCUUAUGACGACGUGGCCUGUGUGGGCAGAGCUCUAUGGUCGCCAGUCAAAACACAGUGGUGUCCCCAGAUAAUUUCAGAUGACCCUAGAGCUGAACAAGGAGGUACACUCGUUUUGGGUCCUGCCUAAAACUGUUGAACACAAACAGCUUUCCCUGUCCCCAGGAGAACCUUGGCCUCUGUGUUGUGCGUUGUCCUCCUGCUCCUGCUCCUGCUGGGUUCUUAGCUGUGUCCUACCCCUCCCAGGGAGUGCCAUCUCCCCAGUUUGUUCCCUCUAGGUGAAUAGUUCUGUGGGUCAACUCCCAUCAGAUACUUGCAUCUUCUUUUUCACCCCGUCCCCACAAGAUAGUCCCUUUGGUGUUUUUCCACACUGGCCAGGACUGGACUGGGCCUGUCACGCCUGCCCUAGAUCUGGUGCCUGCACUCCCAACAUCUCUGCUCCCUGUGACGUCUGUGCUCCUGGCUAGUAGGCUACCUUGAGAAGAUGGCCCCUUUCAUCCUCACGUUAGGUGUCAGAUGGUGUCUUGGCAGAGAACAGUGCUUCCCUGUGGGUUUACCAGCAUCCCUGGCCGGCUGGGAGGUUUGGAUGCAGGAAGGUGGGAUGCAAGUCCCUUGCCAGGCUCAACUCCAGUUCCCUCUCCUAUGUGUUAAUGUUCUGGUCUUGCCUGGUUUUCUUCAGAAUUGGCACCUCACCCCGCUACUGUGCUGCCUCCCUUAUGCGUUUUCUUGCGUUGCUGAUUCAGCACUUAAACCCUGGUGACUUGUAUUUCCUGGCAGACUGGGGGCCUGGUACACGACUGGUGCUCAUUAAAUUUGCGUUGUUAGGAGCAGAGGCCUGGCCAUGAGUGUCCCGGGUCAGUGUCACAGGUGUGGUGGUUUCUAGUGGGGGGGUUUUACGGAUCCAAGGCUCUGAUUGCAAUUGAGGCUGAAUAGGUGGGGGUGGGGUGGAAGUGGCAGUGGGCUUGGCUGAUGGGGGGUGGCCUGGAAAACUGACUUCCGAGAGUCAUAGGUGAAGUGCGGACUGGGCAGCAGUCCAGAGCUGUGUGGCCCCAACCCAGAGACUGGAAUGGAGUAAGACCUGUUCUGCACAAGGUGGGUUUUUUAGUGGAAGCUGAGCAUGGAAGGGCAGGAAAAGCGGGUACAGCCACCCCACGUGCAGUGUGCGCCUGCUCAGAGGGGUGCUGAGACUAGAAUUUCAAGCCCUUUACAUUUUAAAUAACACCUUUCUGAAAAGUAGGAAGGAAAAAGUAGAGACUUGAAUUGGCAAUACAGCCAGUUAUUUUAGGAAAAACAGUAGUAAGCAAACAUCUGGUAAAACUUUUUCAGAAAAAUAGUAAUUAUUGGGAUUAUUUUAUUUGGUAACUGUUACUAAAAAGAGCUCUGGGUUCGCGUGGUUUUAUGUGUAUUAUUUCAAGGCACAGAUGUCUAUAAAUAACAACAGCUGAAAAUCUUGGAACUAGGUGAUAGAUAUGAUAGAGUAAGGAAGCUGCGCACAGUCAGAAUUCUAGUCGGAUGCGAGAAAUCCCUGCGCAUCCUGGCCCAGCCCUGUGCUUCUGCACGCCUUCUCCAGUCCCAUCCCUGCUUCUGUGAGUCGGGGUGGGCUGCACCCCUACACCUGUCUCCAGCUAUGAGUCUGGCACAGAACACAGAGCCAGUCUCUGGGAGGGACAGCCCAGUCACCCUGCCAGCCUUCACUUCACCUUGUUGGACUGUGCAAGGCUGCCUGCCCUGCUUACGUCUGGGGGCCUGGAAUGGACCCCUUCAGCUUGAGCAGGUUGAGAGAGCUGAGUUCCCUUCAGACCCCGUCACAUCAGGGCUUUGGGCCUUUUCCUCCCUCAGGCCCCAGGCAGCUCUAGGGAUGUGGGUCAUGGUCCACUGUGCCUCCGUGAGGGCCAGCUGUGCCGUGUCUGCCCACGCAGGCUCGAGAGCACCUGGGAGAGAGUCAAGGUGACCUGUUUUUUAACUUGGAAAAUUGGUCCUAUUUAUUGUGGUUGGGUUCUCCCCCCCCAAGGAAGGAAGGCAGAGCGUUGCAGCGCCGUGACCAGGUUGCCUGCAGGCUGGGUGUGAGAGAGGACGGGGCUCUGGCCUAGCCUUCCAGACAGGCAGCACACAUGGCCUUGCAAAGUGGCUCCGUCACCAGCAGCUGUAGCACCUGCCUUUGGGCAGAGGCUAUGACGGAGCUCCUUGGGGGGAAGGCGCCCGGCCCUGCCUGCAACGGGCCUUGGGUUGUUCUCCACUCCCGGCCUGUGCACGUGGGCAGAUGAACUGGAGGAGGGCACCCAGGAGGGCAGAGCAUGGCGGAGUGAGCCCAGGGCAGGCUGAGCUGCUGGGCCUGCCUUCCAGUUGUGGUGUCUGUCCCUCACUUCCCUUGGAAAUACCCGGAGGCUUUAUUUCCUGGAGAUAGAACACAGUGGGCACUAUGACAUGGUUUUUAAAGUACCUGUCUCCAAAGAAAAUUUUAAAAGAGGAAGUACUGAGGAUAGGGUCGCGUGAGAUAACUGGAAUAUUUUAUAAAGCUGUGGUAAUUAAAGUACUUGGGUGUUGUGGACAGAUGAACAGAGAAUAGAGAACUUUGAAAUAGAGCUAGAUAAAUAUGGGAAUUUUGUACAUGCUAGAGAUGUCAUUUCAAAUUAAUGGGAGUAAUUCAGGUAGAGUGACCUUGGAUAAAAAACCAAACCAAACAAAAAUUAAUAGAGGGAAAACAGAUCAUUCAGUCAUGGCAGUUGGAACACCUGGUUGGCCAUCUGGAAGACAGUAAAACCAGGUAUCCACCUUACUCUUUAUACCAGUGUACAUUCCAGAUGGGUUAGCGACUUCAACACUAAAACAUUGUAAAAGUACUAUAGGGAAAUAUGAGCGAAUUUUUUUUUUAACUGUGAUUCCAGGAUUUUUAAAGUUUUAAAUGCCCAGAAUUGCUGAAGAUACAGAGAAGGUUGGCUUUUUUCUGUUGUUAGUGGGAGCGUCAGACCCUAUGGUUUGACCGCAUGACAGCGAGAGGUGCACUGUGGCCACUUGCGUGUGCGCAGGGGCUGCGAGUGGGGCUCGGAGCAGGACUGGAGCUUGGCUGGGCCUGGCCGCCUCCCCACACAAGCUGGGGGUCCUUGGUGUCUGCUGAUCUCUGGGCUGUGAAAAUAUUAGUUUGUCCUUACAGGGUGGUCAGGGGGUUGAACGUGGACGGUGCCUUGGCUGGGGCCUGGGCCCUCAUGCCUGGCUGGUGGGUGCCACUGCGUCGUGGACAGCGGAACUGGACAAGUCCAGAGAUCAGCAGUAAGGAUCGAGGCAGAUAGAGCUGUUCCCUGUGGUGCCGGCCCGCCCGGCCAGAUGGCACCACGGUCACGGACCUCUGCCAGCUCAGCAACCCGAGUCGGCACCGCCUGUCUCCUGCCCAGGCCGUGAGUCUUGUGGUGGGCCACGCACCCUCGCCUGCUGCGGCCCUCGGAGCCACCUGACGGGAGCUCCACGUUGAUGUGUUUCUCUACACUUGCAGAGGCGGGGGGAGGCCACAGCAGGCCACAAGUGACACUUGUCACUCCACUUACGUCUCUGUGGACAGAGGAAGCCCCAGGGCCACACCUAAGUUCUGUGGGAUAAGAGUGAAUCGUCCCACGGGGCAGGGCACUCGCGUCGACUGGGGCAAGCAGCCACCCGACGCCAUGCCGGUUAGUGCUGUCCUGAGCGCAGGCAGGUGGGCCUGCAGCGGUAGCUGCAGCAAGGUGCCUGUUCCGCUGCCCUGAACAGGCUUAGCGGGCUGGGGCUCAAACGACGGGCAUUUCUUUCCUCAGGGCUAUGGAGGCCGGAAGUCCAAGACAGAGGUGUGGGCAGGCUGGUCUCUCCUGGGCUUGCAGAUGGUGGCCUCCCGUGGCCACCGCCCAGUCUGUGUGUCUGUGUCCCCAUCCCUUCUUAUAAGGACACCAGGUGUGUUGAUUCAGGGCCCACACUAUUGACUGCAAUUGAUUCCCUCGUUAAAGGCCCUAUCUGCACAUUCUGAGGUACUGGGGUGAGGACUCCAACGUGACAACACUUGGGGGACACAGCUUGGCCCAUGACGAUGCCCACGGUGGGUCUGUUUGUUUUUAUUGUUGCAGUUUUGGACAGUGCACGGUUCUCCGGGCCCAGGGUUCUGGGUCCUGUGCUGAGGCGUGAGGCGACACGCAGGCAGCGCCCAGUGCUGCACACCGCGCUCCUCACGUUUCCAAGUACGGAGCCGUCCUGUAUUCCCAAGUUGCAGUGUUUUGCCUUUCACGUUCAGCCCCGAGUCUCCUUGCAAGUGCAGCUGUGUGGUGUGAGGGAGGGGUGUGCUGCCGCCCUCCAGAGGCUGCGGCGGGCAGAGCCCCUCCGCUGGCAGCAGCACACAUGUAACGUGAGCAAGAAAUAAAUUUUUGAUGUGUGAA